AUCAGCAGAUGUCAAGCCAUUUGUCCCCAAGUUUGCUGGACUGGACGUGACAUGGUCAGAGUCCUCGGAAGCAGGUGUCCUCCCGAGCUGUGCAGCCGCAUGCUAUCCGUUUGUUCAGGAACUGCCAGUGACAGAAAUGUAUGCUCAGCACCUGGCUACCCAUGUGACUAUAGCCGAGCCAGUUGUCACCAAGGUUUUCAACCAGCGAAGGCCCAGAGUGAGCACACCUGCCCCUUCCCGCAGGAAAGGAAAGCUCUGUUUAAGAAAAAAGCCUAUGAUGAUGAGAAAAAAACCUAUGAUGAACAGAAGUUUGGCAGUAGAAGGGCUGACGGGACCCUGUCAUCUGAGAUAAAGUCGGCUCAAAGGUCACAUUGUCUGUCCAUUCAUGCUGAGACUAGCUUGAAGUCAGGUGGCUAUAAACAAACAGACAGGAAAUCCAGAAUCGUUGCAAAAAAUGGAUCUGCAUCCAAGCCUGAGUUUGAACUUUGCAGGCUGGAUUUUCCUGAAUUGCGGGGUCCAGAAAGCAGUCCUAUGUCAGUGGUUCAAAAGCCACCCAAAUGGGGACCUGUCCGCUCCGCCUCGGCCGACCUUUCUCUUCUGAGAGAGGUGGUGAAACCAGCUGCAGUGCUGUCACAGGGUGAAAUAGUGGUAAAAAAUAAUAAUCCAAAGGAAUCUGUGACUGCUAAUGCUGCCACCAAUUCCCCUUCAUGUACAAGAGAGUUGUCUUGGACACCAAUGGGUUAUGUUGUUCGACAGACAUUAUCUACAGAACUGUCACCAGCCCCUAAAAAUGUUACUUCCAUGAUAAACUUAAAGACCAUUGCUUCGUCAGCAGAUCCUAAAAAUGUUAGUAUACCAUCUUCUGAAGCUUUAUCUUCGGAUCCUUCCUACAGAGAGAAACACAUUGUGCAUCCUACUAGAAAGUCCAAAGCCUCACAAGGUGGCAGCCUUGAACAAAGUGAAGCCUCAAGGAAGAAUAAGAAAAAGAAAGAAAAGUCUAAUCCAAACCAUGAAGUCCUGGCAGCUCCGGAGCCACCCAGGAUUGAAGACACCGAGGAGUUUCCUAACCUGGCAGUUGCAUCUGAACGAAGAGACAGAGUAGAGUCACCGAAAUUUCUGUCUAAACAUCAGCCACAGGAUCAUCUUAAACAUCAUGUGAAGAAGAGCCAGCUUCCAGUCCAGCUGGAUUUGGGGGGAGUGCUGGCUGCGCUGGAAAGGAAGCAGCACUCCCGACUCGCAAAGCCAGCCUCCAGACCCGUGGUGGUCGCAGUUGGAGCAGUGCCCGUCCUUCCCAAAGAAGCUGUGUCCGGGGAGAGGGUCCGCCGCGGGGGUCAGGUGAAGACCCCCCACAACCCCUUGGACUCCAGCGCCCCGCUGGUGAAGAGAGGGAAGCAGAGGGAAGUCCCCAAGGCCAAGAAACCCACCUCACUGAAGAAGAUUAUUUUGAAAGAGCGGCAAGAGAGAAAGCAGCAGCGUCUCCACGAAAGUGCUGCGAGCCCAGCCUUUGACAGUGCUGAUGUCCAGGAGGGAGAGAGUGGAGGUGGCGACCAGGCCCCGCUGCAGGCAGCCCUCGCAGGUCCAGAGGAGACAGAUGAAUCGCUCCCGUCCCCGCCUGUGGUCGCGGGCGAGUCCGAAGAGCCGCCGGGCGCAGAGCUGCAGAGGGGCGUGGAGUCCUGGCCCCUGGCGCCCAGCCAUACCACCUUCCCCAAGAUCCACAGCCGCAGAUUCCGAGAUUACUGCAGCCAGAUGCUCAGUAAAGAGGUGGAUGCCUGUGUUGCGGACCUCCUCAGAGAACUGGUUCGUUUCCAAGACCGGAUGUACCAGAAAGAUCCCGUCAAGGCCAAGACCAAGCGCCGGCUCGUCCUGGGGCUGCGGGAGGUUCUCAAACACCUGAAGCUUAAGAAGUUGAAGUGUGUCAUCAUUUCUCCCAACUGUGAAAAGAUCCAGUCGAAAGGCGGGCUGGACGACACUUUGCACACCAUCAUCGACUGCGCCUGCGAGCAGAACAUUCCCUUCGUGUUCGCCCUCAACCGCAAGGCUCUGGGGCGCAGCUUGAACAAGGCCGUCCCUGUCAGCGUGGUGGGCAUCUUCAGCUACGACGGGGCCCAGGACCAGUUCCACAGGAUGGUGGAACUGACGACGGCAGCCCGGCAGGCAUACACGGCCAUGCUGGAGAGCGCACAGCAGGGUCUGGCCGGGGAGCCCGGGCCCGGCGCCCCACCCAGCCCCGCAGAAGAUGGCCCCGCAGCCCCCACAGGACCAGAGGAGCCGCACUAUAUUGAAAUCUGGAGAAAGCAUCUGCAAGCAUACAGCCAGUGUGCCCCGGAUCUGGAGGAGUCCCUCGAGGUUUCGACCACUCAGAUGAUGAACUUGAAUUUAUAAGAGUUCUGUCCUGUGUGUCUGUCCUUUGGGUAAGAAGGGGAGAUGGAGAAAGACUCUGGGGCUUUUUCUUCCUCUCAGCUCUUCACCCGCCUGACAUGUUUUGUGUGACUUUGACCCUGGAGAUGACCCAGAAUCAGAGGGCUGGGAAGCUGCCCGUGUUGGCAGGCUGUCAGCACGGAGCCAUUGAGGGUCACUCAGAUACGCUGGCAGAAGUCUCUGAAGGCCUCCUGUCUCUGCUCGGGCUUCCUGAGCACACUGUGGGUCUGGAACGUACUGGAAAGCGUGGCACCUGGGGUCCUGGGCUGCCAAGGAAACUCCCUCUCCAUUACAGAGCAGCUGAGUGAGUGAGUCUGCAGGAAAGUGGGUGCUGUGCUCCUGCCAGCCCAGGGCCUGGGGCACCUCGGGGAUGGCACGCAGCCCCGGGAUGCCGGCAGCUGGGCAAAGAAAGAGGGCUGUGGGGAGGGCCCUUUCUCAGGGGAUGCGGCUUUUCUGCCAAAAGAUUUGGGCACACGUGGACGAUUUGCUGAAAUGAGCCUCAGAAGGAAAAUUGGUUUUCUAACCUGUGACUUUCUGACAUGAACUGUUCCUUCCAGUCUUUGCUUUUCAAAGAAACAAUGUGUAUCGAAGCUCCUAGAUUUGUUUGAUAAUCUACAGAUCUUUUCUCUUUUAAAUGAACUUAUUCUGAGCGUGGUUUCUGUCUUAGAGGCCAGGAAGACAGAGUUUACUUUCAAAUUUUCCCUGUGAGUAAGAGGGCUAUUUAUUUUAAAUAAAGAAUAAUUAUUUAAUUUUG